GGCAUGAUGCAUUUCGGUCAAUAAAUGGAGAAGUACAGGAGAGUGUGAAGAGAAGAAGUCGAGGGAGGAGCGACGAUCAACGGCACAAGUUAACAGUUCCACACGCAGUCGUCUUCGCCUUUCAUCGCAGGGUUUCGCAGACUUCUUCUUUUAAGAAAACCGAUCCUUUAUCAACCAUGGCUGUCGAGGGCGGAAUGAAAUGUAUCAAGUUCCUGGUUUUCUUUUUCAACCUAAUCUUCUGGCUGUGUGGCUUAGCAUUGAUUGUCGUGGGAAUCCUGGUUCAAGUGAGUUUUCACAAAUCUCUGACCAUCCAUGAUGUGUCCGCCUCAGCAGCUCCCAUUGUCAUCAUCGUAAUCGGCGUGGUGAUUUUCUUCAUCGCCUUCUUCGGCUGCUGUGGUGCCUGGAACGAGAACUACUUCAUGGUCACCACGUUUGCCAUUUUUCUCUUCCUGAUCAUUGUUGUCGAGAUUGCGGCAGUAAUCGUUGGAUACGUCUACAAAGACAAACUGUCGGCCAUCGUCCAGGAUAGUCUCAACGACAUGAUUUCCCAUUACAAUAACGGCACACCUGAAUUCAGAAAGGGUUUGGAUCAACUGCAGAAAGAUUGGAAGUGCUGCGGUGUGAACAAUUCCUCUGACUGGAAUCGCUUUGAACCUAAUAAAGAUUCUGUGCCUGACUCGUGCUGUGUGACUGAAAAACCCGGCUGUGGAAACGGGACAAUGAGAAACCCGGAUGCAGUGCACCAGAAGGGUUGUCGGGAAGCUUUGGAGACUUUGCUGAAGAAAAACAUCCUGUGGGUGAUCAUUGCAGCUCUCGUUAUUGCUGGACUGCAGAUAUUGGGCAUUGUGUUCUCCUGCUUGUUGAUGAAAGGCAUCCGCAGCGGCUACGAAGUCAUGUGAUUCAUCUGCACACCUGAGGAGUCGUCUGUUCAUGUUGCACUUAUUGGGAUCUUCAUUAGGAAACGUUUUAUAUGUUCAUCCUUCAUAUAGAACGCUGGUUCUUUUGUAUUGAUUUUGGAUUAUUUACUUCGGUUAACAAUAUGUUUAAAUACUGUAUGUAUUUAGGAAAUUACAGAAAACAUUAUUCUCCACUGUAAUGUUCUGUUCUAAAGUUAUUCUUCAAUAUGUGAAUUCCAACAGUUUUACUUGUUAUUUUAAGACUUUCAAUCUGUUUUUAUGCUUGACUAUUUGCCUGUUUCUGUUAUUAAAGUCUUUAAAUUA